CCAAAUCCUACAGAGAAGCGCAGUCUCGUUGCGCCACAAAAAUCCGAGAUUUUUUGGCGCGCGGAAGUUUUGGAUUCGCCGGAUAGGGUCGGUAGUGCUGCCAUCGAGCUACGGUCAGCACCGUAGGAGAUGGAGUCCGGCCGCCUGCCGCAUGUGCGGGCGCGCCUCAUUCGUGAGGGUCGUUUUGGCCGAUAUUGGGACACGGGCAGCUCGGCUCCGCGACGAAUUUGGUACGUCGGCAUCCGAUGCUCGGCCCCAUCUUUUGCCAGCCGACCCCUCUGGACCUAAUUGCUCUGCCAAUACGGAGCCGCCUGCACAACCCGCGCGUGGUUCAAAUACAAAAUCGUCCACUAAAAAUCCCAAAACAGGUCUCCCCCUUCGGAAGAACAAGGAAAUCACAUACAACCGAGGCGGUCCUCGAUGGCAAUGCACAUGCCCCACACAUACUCGUACAAGUACCCUACGGCACAAUACAGACUCCGCGGAACGUUACCGUACGUAUCCUUCCUCGGUGGUCGACCAAAAUAAAAUAGUAGAAGUAUUUGAAUUGCUGAAUCCACCAAGCGCCCCGGCAUUCGUACCGUACGACACCGAACACACAUCACCGACCUUUCCAUUUCCGUUUCGCACUCGUGCAUAGAGCAACCACGAGCCAAAGUCCAAAGCCGAAACACAGGAACAAAGGCAAAGCCGCAACCCCAUUUGAGUCGAUACAAACAAGCUCGUUGCCUUUUGGUCUGGCCAUUUCGUUGCCGUAUUCGUUGGGAUUCCUUGAACGCGAUCGAACCCCAGCCUGCUGUCCAGAAAGCACAUUCGAAGCACCGCACCGMACCGCAUCGAACAGAACAGAACACAAAAGAAUAAAACCAUAAUCCACCUCCCGGAAAUUCUUUCGAUUCCAUUGUUUCGGAGACGGAGACACGACAAAAGACGCACAAAAAAAACGCACACCGUCGAACCCAAUCAACCCAACCACAAGCAGAAUGGUCCAGGCACAAAGAUUCGUGGCGUCGGCAUUCGGGGGCCUCCUGGUGUCUCCCGCGUUCUUCCCCGGCCACAUCGGGCUCGCGGACGCGCAGCAGGCGGCCAUGUACCCGAACGACCUCUACCACUGCAACGAUCCCACCAACGAGGAAAACAAGCUGGCCUGCGACUUUGGCACCCACCGGUGGGACCUCGACGCCCUCGAUCCGAAGGCGCCACCGGACGAUUCCGGCCUCUGCUCGGAGCUCGUCGACAUUCUGGUCCGCGCCAAGGAGCAGGAGCAGGCCGCGGCCGGCCAGCUGUCCUCGCAGCAGCAGACCCUGCAGGCCGACAUUUUGGUCUGGGAGACCAUCAUGGAGACCUCGGUCGUCGAUUCCCUGGAACCCUGCGUGCUGUGGGCCAUGACCUACGGGCGUCUGAUGCGGUGGGGAUUCCCGUCGCCGCCUCCGGGUAAGCAGCACCAGGAGGUCCAGGUCCAAGAUUCCGGUGAGUCGGACGGGUGAAACAGAAACGGCCCGGUGCAACGCCGCACGGUGCCACGAUUUCGUCGUUGUUGUCGUCUUUUUUGUCGUUGUCAUCGUUGUCAUCGUUGUCGUCGCUCGCAUUCUCACCCGGUUUGGUGCCUCGUUCGUUUUCGUUUUCGUUUUCGUUUUCGUUUCAUCGAACAUCCACAGAAAACCCCGACCCCUCGGACGUCAGCGUCGCCUUCGAUACGAUCCUUUUGACCCUGGUCUGGGACCGCGGCCUCGCCGACCCCCUCCUGUACGACAGCACCCAGCUCCACCAACUCACCGGACAGCACAUGCUGGACUCCCUCAAGGCCGAGCUGGGACCGUCCGAGGGCCCCUCCGUCGUUGAGUUUCUGGAUCUGCGCGUGACGGCCGGACUCCCGGACUACGACACCCGGUCCCUUCCGCUGACGCUCACGGGCCGGGUGGUCUUCCGGGACUCCCGCCAGGCCCUCGGGCCCUCCAGCCUGCGCCGGGUCCUGCUCCACUCGGCCUUUGAGGAUCCGGAGGCCAUGGACCUCUACCUCUUCCGGUUGAGGAUUGCCUCCGAUCCAACCCUCAACGAGGUGGACACGGUGUUGGCGGGGCGGGAGGCCCUGACCGAGUUCAUCCUGCAGCAGGGCAAAAUCGACACGGACACGGACCCAUCCCGGUACGAGCUCGACCCAAAGAAGCCCGUCAUCGACACGAGCGAGAUGGACCUCUCGGAGGAGGACGAGGGAUUCGUUUCCAACCUGCUGAUUGCCAUUAUUUCGGCCGUGGUGGCCGCCAUUGUAGCGGUCUGCUGCUUUGCCUACUGCCUGAUCUGCCGGUCGCGGACCUCGGGACAGGCCUUCAAGACGCUGGAGGAACACAGCCUCGUCGACGAGGAGGUCCUGCCGCCUUCGGCCUUUGAGAAAAAGCUCCAGUCCCACGCCGACGACGGGGUUCCGGCCGUAAGAACGGCCUCCACCAAGGAAAUGGCGGACGACAACGAGGAGUACGACAUCGAGUACGUGACCGGGAGCCAGGUCGACGACGGGGUUUCUGACUACGAAAUGGAUACCCUUCCGCCCCCGUCUACAUACUUACCGGACACGGACGACGAGCGAAGCGUUCUCAUGAGUGUCAUGGACGGAUACGACGAAGAAAUCGCCGCGGAAACCUUUACCGACGAGGACCACGAAGACCACAAUUACGAAGAGGACACCCAGAGUGUUGGUUCCGAUGCCAACACCAGCUUGUAUUCGUACAUUCCCGACGACACCUCUCUUACGGCCAGUCUCGUCAAUCCAAGCGGUCCUUUGUACAAAAGCAGGAGCAACACCGGUGGAACCUUUGGCAGCGAGAAGGGCAAGGACUCGAAACCACAGACGCCCGAAACCACCGCGCAAACGGCCCAAAACAAGAGCCUUUUGUGGUCCGUCAUGGAUUCGCUCGACAAAUCACCGACCGCGGACACGGACAGCGACAAGGCCGAGGUCUAUAUCGAACACAGCUCCCGGAAACCCAGGAUUGCCAGCCCCCGCAGACCCAAGAUUACCAGCCCCUCGACCAUGCUUGGACCAUCGCCGAGUGACGACGACUCCCGGUCUCACGACUCGGACAGCCUGCUCUACGGCACCGAGGACGACCAGGAAUCGGGCCGCGUUGCUGCGGCCGUGCCGCACGGGCACAGCGAGGCAGAGCAAGAGCAACCACCGCAGUCCCAACCAGCCGCUCCCAAUGCACAAAAGAAGGAAGAGUUCGAGGAGCUUUGGAAGGACGAGGACGAAGCAGACGAGGCAGAAUCCGUCAUCGGAUUUUUCUCGCUGGUGCAAUCCGCGAGAAGAUCUUCCGAGGCUCCGACCGACGGCUCUCGUGCCGGCGCCGACGAAAACGAGAAUGCCGUAGAUACACCUCGCGGGGACGACGCCGAAACCAACGCGAAACCGACGGCUUAUGGUGCCAGUGACGAAGCGUUGGUGGAUCGGGUGCCCGAGAAGGAGGAAGAAGAAUCUCAAGACACGGAGGGCGAGAAAGACCCAAAACUGAGUCUGCCCCUUCCCACCCCGCUCGAAUCCACCCUGCAAGAAGAGACCAAGCCAACCACCGCUGUUCCAACAAUAUCGAGAAGCGCAGAUGAUUGCAGCGUGUCCGGAAGCAGCGUCUCCAGCACGGAUUCGUCGAAAUUUCGCUCCUUGCUCGGCCAGAGCGACACCAAUGAUGCGGCUCUGUUAUUUGGCAGACAACAAAAGGACGACACCCCCGAUGCCGAGGUUUCAAUGUCGUCAUGCACAUCCAACCAGUUAAAAUCUCUCUUGACGCGAAAAGGAGAAUCGGAUUCGAGCGACGAGGAGGCAGACGAUUUCUUGUUCAAGGAAACGGCUGUGCCAGAGACCAAGACUACGAGGAGGAUCGUGGUACAAGAGGAAGAAAAGAAAGAAGGAGACUUUGGAGACAACGACGAAGACCAGGAGCAUAGCAACAGGAUGUAUCUACCAGCUGCGAUCCGACCAAACGCAUCAAGCACUCCCAGAGGAGCAAGAUCUCCAGAAAUGCACAACAACGACGACGACGCUACUGUUUACAGCGUUCUCAGCGAAGCUCCGAGUGUCGACGAGUCCAUUGGAUCAGAAAUGGGAUGGUUUUAAGAACCUACUGAUACGAUUUGUGUAUGAAAAACUAGGAAAAAUCAUAAAUGUUUGCAACAUUCACUACUUCGUAAUGGUGCGAUAUGCUGUACAAAGCAACUAAAACCAUGUUUAAUGA